AUGCCAUAUAAACUUAAACUGCAUUCUGCAAGUUGUGAAAGUUGUGUGGACUUACUGUUUGUUAGAGGAGCUGGAAACUGUCCUGAGUGUGGUACUCCCCUGAGAAAGAGCAAUUUCAGAGUACAGCUCUUUGAAGACCCAACUGUUGACAAGGAGGUUGAGAUUCGGAAAAAAGUAUUAAAGAUAUACAAUAAAAGAGAAGAAGACUUUCCUAAUCUAAGAGAAUAUAAUGAUUUCCUAGAAGAAGUAGAAGAAAUUGUUUUCAACUUGACCAACAAUGUGGAUUUGGAAAACACAAAAAAGAAAAUGGAGAUAUACCAAAAGGAAAACAAAGAUGUCAUUCAGAAAAAUAAGUUAAAACUGACUCGGGAACAAGAAGAAUUGGAAGAAGCUUUAGAGGUAGAACGACAGGAAAAUGAACAAAGAAGACUGUUCAUACAGAAAGAGGAACAACUGCAGCAGAUUCUCAAAAGGAAGAAUAAACAGGCCUUUUUAGAUGAACUGGAGAGUUCUGAUCUCCCUGUUGCUCUGCUUUUGGCUCAACAUAAAGACAGAUCUACCCAACUGGAAAUGCAACUUGAAAAACCUAAAACUAUGAAACCUGUGACAUUUUCCACUGGUAUCAAAAUGGAGAGUUCUGAUCUCCCUGUUGCUCUGCUUUUGGCUCAACAUAAAGACAGAUCUACCCAACUGGAAAUGCAACUUGAAAAACCUAAAACUAUGAAACCUGUGACAUUUUCCACUGGUAUCAAAAUGCUUCAUUCCGUUGUGGUUGGCGAAGAUGUUUGGUACCUAAAUCAUGUGAGAGCUGCAUCUCCACAGGACCUUGCUGGAGGCUAUACUUCUUCUCUUGCUUGUCACAGAGCACUACAAGAUGCAUUCAGUGGACUUUUCUGGCAGCCCAGUUAA